AUGGACAAUGAAGAAAUAUUACAGGAGUUAGACAGCGUUAAUGUUGAGCUUCAACUUGUGCAAGACCAGAUAAAGCACUUGCUUGAUCGGCAAGAGAAGUUGCAAGACAGGCAAUCGGAACUGAAGGCUGUAUUGGAAGCAUGCGAAGCGUCAGUGAGCCCUACGCAGUGUGGUGGUUCGGUUAGUGUGGAAGACUGGUCGGGGCCGUUUGAGUGGGACUCUCGAGCCGAUGAUGUUAGGCUCAAUGUGUUUGGCAUUUCCUCGUAUCGUGCUAAUCAGCGAGAGAUUGUAAAUGCUGUCAUGAGUGGGAGAGAUGUUCUGGUGAUUAUGGCUGCGGGUGGUGGCAAGAGCCUUUGCUACCAACUUCCAGCUAUCCUUCGUGACGGAAUUGCACUUGUUGUCAGUCCAUUGCUUUCUUUGAUUCAGGAUCAGGUGAUGUGCUUGGCUGCUUUAGGCAUUCCAGCAUACAUGUUGACAUCAACAACUACUAAAGAAAAUGAGAAAUUCAUAUACAAGGCCCUUGAAAAAGGUGAAGGAGAGCUAAAAAUAUUGUAUGUCACUCCAGAAAAGAUAUCAAAAAGCAAGAGAUUUAUGUCGAAACUCGAAAAGUGCCAUCGUGUUGGUUGUUUUUCUUUAAUUGCUAUCGAUUCAAUCAUUUCAUCAAGUAAUGGCUUCAGGACUCAGUGUUUUCCUGCUAACUCUAUACAUUCAGAUUCUGGUUAUGAGGGCGUUGCUGCUCUAAAGUCUCUCAAGCAUCACUGGCGGAACACACCACCCGACUGGGUUGGUGAUGAUCCUUGUGGCAGUUCCUGGGAAGGAAUUAGGUGUGACAAUUCAAGUGUGACCUCUAUUGUACUAUCAGGCAUAGGCUUGAGAGGGAAGCUGCAUGCAGAUAUUCAGAAUCUACCUGAAUUAGGGACUUUGUAA